UUAAUUUUGUUAUUUAUGACUCAUGAGUAAAAUCUAGAUAAAAAUUUAUUUAUUAUUCACAAAUGUAUCCAACUCCGGCCACAAUGAUUACUGUUACAAUUGUUACAAAAAUAACAUUUCAUUGAUUGUGGCGCUUAUUUUUUAAACAAAGAUAAUAGAAACAACCGUGUAAAAGAUAACUUUAACUAAAACAGUAGAAGAGGGAAAUUAUUAAAAUAAUUUACAAAAUAGGUAUAACCGUAAUUAUUGCCAUCAUUCAAGUAGUUUCACAAUAAUGACAUCAUUAAGUGUGCUUCUUCGAGCGUCUUUUGCAUUCAAGUACGAUGACUCACGCAAUCAAGAGUAGUGUCUUUUCAUUUGGUGCAGUUCAUUGAUCACAACGUAGACCCGUUGGUUAUUCACUCGGCACUGGCGUAGAAUUGUAUGAUCUCUCUCAUAGAAUGACCGUCGUUGAUACAUAACAGGUUUAUGGAGAAAUAUUUAGUCAGGGGUGAGGAGAUCCUCAAAUCGACCUAAACGCUACUCGAUCGCGAACAAACCCAAAAUGGAUUCGCAAAAAACUGCAAACGACGCGGCCGAAUCUGGUUCGGACCGUGGAGGAAGUAUGGUGAAAUCGAGCGCAGCGUUACCAUCUGGCUUUCGGGCGAGACCGCAAGGUCCACCUGGAUCACCGAGACAGCCCCUAAAUAAUGGUCCUGUAGGGCAGUCGCAACCUGGUGGACAGACACAGCAAAUUCGAUUCGACGGUCGUCCUCCUUUCGGCCCACCUAAUUCGGGACAAUUCGCGCAGCACAGACCUUACGGGCCUCCGAGACCUCCGGUGAACUCCUUUCCCCAGAGACCGCCUCCACAAAAUCAAAAUCCCCCAAUUAUACUGAAUCCACGUUUCGCUCCGUCGCCAACCAACAGGCCAGGCCCACAGCAACGUCUCAGACUGACGAAUCCUGGAAGUUACCAAGCGCAACAGUCACAGAGAGGCUCGCAACCUCAACAAACCGCGCAACAACCUCAACAAACCCCGCAACAACCUCAACAAACCGCGCAACAACCUCAACAACCGGUAUUCCAUCCUCAGAACCCACAGCAGCAGGCAGGAAGGUCAGUUCUUGCUCAGCAGCAAGAAAUCGCGCAACGACACCUACAACGACAUGAAUCGUUGUUGAACAUACCUCAGCAAAGUCCGUCGGCUCAGAAGGAAGACAAAAAACCCACGCUUCCGCGCAUAGUAAUCGAAAGAAUGGCAGAUGUCGACGAUGCCAAGAAGCUAAAACAAUUGGAGAAUUCAGCCGCCAAGGAGAUGCGUGACAACACAGAAAACGACGACGACGACGACGUGGUGAUGGACGGGAACCGAUCACCCAGGGUCGACACUCCUAAACGAGACGAGUUGAUCAUGUCGAAAUCCCCCAAUAUAGGUAACAUGAUCCAGUCCCCGAAGAGACCAGAAUCCGCCACGAUAAACGGAAAAAUGGACCCUAAGUCGGAUGAAAUGGAGAAAGAAAAAUUAAAUGACAAGAACAACGCUGCAAAUCACAAAUUCGAAAAAUCUGAAAGAGAGGUUCCAGAGUCUGUUAAAAAUUCAGGCUCCGCGGGAGCAGACAGCAGGCUGUCCUCGGCGAAACAAGUGGAAAAGGCAGACGAUAAAUCAGAAUCGGUGAAAACUGUUGACAAAGAGAAAAGCGUUUCACCAGUUCCUGCCAAUAUGCAAAACAAAUUGAAUAGAUUGGACGCCUCCCACGAGUCUACUCUGCCCACGAAGACGUCCUCGAGUGAACAGACCCUGAAGACGCCGACGAAAACGCAGCCGGAAGAGGGUCAAAAGCUAUCUCCGUUGUCUAGAAGUCCAGACAAGUCACGAGCGAGCACACCAUCGGAAACGAUUCAGAAUCAAGUAGAACAGGAGCAGAAAACCCCAUCGAAGUCUGUGGAGAGCUCGCGCGCGAGUACUCCAGCGAAGAAGAAUGAAAAUAACAGCGAUCAGGAGCUGAAGACGCCAUCGAAGACACCUGAUAAAUCUCGCGCGAGUACACCAGCGGAUCCAAAGGAUCGAGCAGACCCUAAUCAAAGUAAAAGUGAUCAGGAGUUAAAGGUGCCAUCGAAAUCUCCGGACAAAUCGCGUUCGAGUACGCCUGUCGAGCCCAAGAUCAGUCAAAGUGGAGAAGACCUGAAAGCGCAGGACUCAUCUUCGGAUAAGUCUCGCGUCAGCACACCGAUGGAAAUUAAUCAGACCAAGGAUGAACGGGAAUCUAAAGAGGCUACCUUGGCGACUAGCCCGACUAUGAAUGUACCAGCAGAGGCAAGUGAUAGUCGAAAGGAGCAAAAAUCAGCGACGGAUGUCAAGUCUAAAGUGGAACAGGAACCACAGACUAAAGAAUCGCUUCAAGCUUCUGAAGAAUUGUGCGAGAAAACGCCUACAAGAAAGGAGUCGAGCGAUUCUUCCAAGUGUCCUUCUCCUGCAGUUGGCCGUCCUUCGACUGGAGAAUCGACUAAACGGCUCGGGGAUUCAGUCACAACAAAAGUACCUGAGAAAAAUCUUUCAGAGAAGUUGCAGCAGGAUACACUGGCUGAGGACUCUCCUGAAGCGAAGGUAGAUAGACCUCCUACAAGUUCACCUAGGCCUGUAGAGACCGCGAAUGAUUCAUCCAAGUCUUCAGUGCCUCAAGAGAAAGUAUCGAUGGCAGAGUCCAUGUUGUCUCCUGCCCAAUCCUCGGAUGAAAGUGUGAAAGGGUUCGAUAAUGGCCAGAGGAGAUCGUUAUCGCCAAAAUCACCAGCGCUGUCCAGCCCUCAAACGCCUGUUUCUCCGAAGUCACCUGCCAAUAGCGAGAAACCAGUUAACAAGGAGGAGAAGAAGACCACUUUCGUCGAAGAUCCGACUAAUCAGACGAAAGACGAUGGCAAAAAGACGCCUGAUUUAAAAAUUCCAUCCAAACCGACUACGCCUAACGUUCACGGGCCACGUACACCUGCUGGGUUGGAUAAGAAAUCAGAGAAGAAGCUUACAGCAACUUCAGGAAUUCAAAAUGGCAAUGGAAUGGACGAAUCGGUGCAGUCCAAUGUGAUAUCAGCCACAAAUGGAGUUGACGAUUCGCCAACAAAAAAGUCAUCCUCCAAAUCAAAAGAACUAGAUAAAAAUUCAACAGCUGGAUCACCAGUCAAGUCGCCGAGUAAAUCAAUCAAGUCUCUGCCACGAACACCGGAAACUCCUUCAUCGACAGGUGUCCAAGAUAAGAAAAAAGUACCAAUGAACAAAGUUCAAGUGGGCGCAGCGCCCUCUCCAAAUCUAAAAACGGUCCGAUCGAAAAUCGGCUCGCUGGAUAAUGCCAGUUACAAACCAGGCGGUGGAAAAGUGAAAAUUGAAAAUAGGAAGCUCGACUUCAGCAAGGCGCAGCCGAAGAUCGCUGCGAAAAAUGAGAAAUACACGCCCAGCGGUGGCGAUAAGAAGAUCUCUCAAGUUAAGCUUCAAUGGAACGCAAAACCAAAAGUUGGAUCAUUGGAGAACGCGACGUACAAGCCUGGUGGCGGUGACAAGAAAAUAGAGACCAUGAAGCUUGACUUUAAGGAUAAAGCGAAACCAAAAGUCGGCUCCAAAGACAACGCCAAGCAUACUCCUGGCGGCGGUAGCGUUAAAUCAUCGGCAACGCCACCUAAGACGCCACAGGAUACGAGCAAUAACAUCCAGACGCAGAAGAUCGAUAUCAAAGCUGAGAGCAAAAUUGGAUCCUUGGAUAACGUGAAGCAUAAGCCAGGCGGCGGUGAUAAAAAGAUUUUCAACGAUAAGGAUUACCUUCGACAGACUGGUUCAAAUGUAGAAAGCCUCAGUGGCAGUGGAUCACAGAGCCCUGUGCCCCCCGGCACGAUGAACGCCGACAAGAACGAUCUACCCACUUCGGACGAAAACCUCAAUCAAGAAUGCUAGAUCACGAAAACUCGACCGCUAGACCCGCUUUUCGUGUCAUUUGCGUCUAAUUAAUCACCCAUAUUUUUCUACCCCGAUGGUUGGAUCGAAGGGCACCGUUGACCCGUUUCAAUCGGGUCGAAAACGAUAUGCGUACGAGGAUGACCUAACGAUUAAAUGGAAAUUCAACCGUAACGCUACCGGGAACGAACCUAAAUCAAUUGAUUGCGCGCAUAUCGAUCGGUUCAAUUUGAUAUAGUUAUAUCGUUUUAUAACAAAAACGCAACUGCAAGAAUUUUUCCGUGCCAUAAGAACGAGCCCUAUCCGUGCAAAGUUGUGAUUACCGAUCGAAAAGGAAACACAGCGACAGGCAGAGGUGCCUUUCUUCCUCCUACGUGUGCGCCCUUCCGAUCAUUAACGUGCAACAUCCACGUUACGCGUUUAGCGCGGUAUGGCAACCAUCCGCUAUACGACGAAAGUUACUCUUUUCCGUUCGAAUCUCACACGCAUUUAUCCGCAGAGUACUCGUUACGGCAUCGUUGAUACAAAAGUGUUUCGUUUCGAGCACGUGUCGUGCCGGUUGGUCGAAGAGGACGAACCAAACGUACGGAGGAAGACGUUGGAGCUGGCGGAACGUUUAUUAAGAGAGUAUUGUUGGAACGAAAGGGGACAGUUCGCGAUACUUUUUCAGAUUGAAGAAAUGGUGACUUUACAUACAAAGAAACGAUAUACUGAUCAUCCUCAUUGUCUAUCAAUCGCGGAGAAACUAUUACGCUCACGAUAACAGUCCACCAACUAUAUACUACGAUUUCGCAAGUUUUUAUAAAGGUAACGUUUUGUGGAUUACCCAUUAGAGUAACGAGAGAUGAAUAUUUAUAGAAAUACGACGAAACUUUCUUUAACUGGAUUUUGAAAUGGCCACUCAGACCGACGACAAACGCGAUACUAUCGGUAUCCCACCGGCGCGCGUUUAACAUUCGAAUCUGUCCGAUGGCAUUUUUCCGAUCUGAAAAGGAAACGCGAUAACGUGAUACGCUUAGGUUAUAAAAAGUAAAUUCUCGUUUCUCGUGAUUACCCAGGAACAGAGUUGGGCGUUGUUCGACGUGAAUUUGAAAUAUAUCGAAUACAUUCUCUCUCGAGUAACGUUCGAGUACAAGUUACGAAUAGAAUGAAGUUAUUCGAAAAUAAUGAAUGAGCUUUCAUUCGAAUAAAGUGACGAAUGGAAGUAGGGCGGAUCGAUACGCAACAGUCGGCUUUGCGAAAAUACGUGAUGUGCAUUUAUUCGAGGCCAUUUCGAGUAACGAAUAACGCUACAGAUUCAUUCGAGAUCGACGAAUAAAAUCGUUAUUUAUCGAAAUUUGCCCAGCUCUGCUUGAUAACGGUGAAAUCCCAGCAAGAAAGAUAUAAACACGUAUGCAGCGUACAAAUCGCAUAGUAACGGAUUCAAUGUUCUAAUCUGAUUAGUGAUGUGACUAAUAGCCCGAGGGUAGGUGUAUUUUUGUCAAACCUACGAGAUGUAACGGAACUUUUAGGCUACUUCUGAAAUACCAA